AUGGAGGGCAAUAUCGAAGAAAAAUCUCCAAGCUAUAGAAAGUAUGAUGCACACGAGGGCAUCGUUUUCCUGAUUGAACUCUCAGAGGGCAUGUUUCAAGUGCUCCCAGAACUUAAUGAUCGGAUGCAGCUUGUUGAAAUCUUGACGACAUUGCUUGAAUUGAUGUCACAACUGAUCAUUACAAGACCAGGUACUGGUCUUGGCUGCUACUUUUACAACUGCUUCAAGAACGAUGAUGAAAAUGGCAUUUAUGAAUACUUCCCUUUAAGAGAUUUAAACGCGAGGGAUAUGAAGCAACUGAGCGACUUGUUGGAAGACGUUGAUUGUGGUAGAUGUACUAUACAGGAGUUUCUGCCGUUUAGCUAUGACAGACGGACCCCUCUUGAAUCGAUAUUUGAGCUCACCAAAUUGCAAUACACUCAAGAAAGUCCUGAUCAAAAAAGUUUCAAUAAUAGAAAAGUUUUCCUUUUCACCGAUGACGAUUCUCCACCGGAAUCAUUCGAUCCCAAUGCGAAGUCAAGGCUCAGUCACUUAGCUAAUGAUUUGAACGAUUACUAUAUUGGCUUUACAACGUUCUUUAUAGGUUCAAAUGAAAGACCAUUCAACGACGCGUUUUAUUCAGAGAUCUUAAGAUUAAGCUCAAAUACAGAUACUGAGUUUGAUGGUCCAAAUACGAAGCCAAUAUCCGCAUCUAUUAUCAAAUCAAGAGUACUCAGAAAGCAGGAAAUAAAACGAAUUCUGUUUCAGUGUCCCCUAAUAUUACAAGAAAGCUCAAGUUUUAUUGUCGGUAUCAAAGGCUAUUCGAUAGUCAGCCAUGAGAAGGCCGGAGUUAAGUAUAAACUAGUUUACGAGAAAGAAGAUAUUCGACAAGAAGCAUUUUCAAGAAGAAAAUUUUUGAACGCCAAUACCGGUGAAGAAAUAAAAGAAGGCUUGACAAAGGUUUUCCCGUAUGGCGACUUGAACAUAGCUCUUUCAGAUGAAGAGCUUGCUACAGUGACGAAAGAUUAUGCUGGCGAAAACUCAUUCCUUAAGAUCAUUGGUUUUCGCGCCACGAGUAAAUGCACACAGUACUAUAAUAAUAUUGAUAAGCCUGCCUUUGUGGUUCCUGAUGAAUCGAGUUAUGAAGGGUCUAUCAGGACUUUGGCAUCGCUUUUCAAAAAUAUGAGAGAAAAGAAAAAAUCUGCUAUUAUCUGGGGUAAAACAAAAACCAACUCCAAUCCGGCAAUGUUCAUUUUAAGUCCUUCAGAUUCAUUUAGUCGAAACGAGGGUUUUUACAUGCGCCGAAUACCAUUUUUGGAUGAAAUAAGGAAAUUUCCUUGCAUUGUACCCAUGGAAAAUCUCGCUGGUACAGCAGAAUACAGGAGAGUCAAGGAGUUAACGAAGAAUAUUAUGAGUCACUUUAACUUGAAAAACGGCUACGAGCCUUCCGAAUUCAAAAAUCCCGGAAUACAAAGACAUUUCAAAGUUCUGCAUGACUACCUCUUGCAAACUGAGGAUGAAGCGUAUCUAAAUACAUCUGAAGAGAAAACAGAAAAAUUGUUAUCGGAGGAUGACUCGAUUCGUAAGAUUGCACAGAUACGAGAGAAAAUAAUAGCGUCUGCAGAAUCGAACGAGCCUCAAGGGCAAAAACUAAGCGAAUAUUUCAUUGAAUGGAAUGAGAUAUAUCAAAAAAUAAAAUCGUCCGAGCUGAUUGACAAACCAAGUAUCAAGAAGCCCCGCAAUUGGAACGGGUAG